UCGAAACGUUCAACCUGACGAAAGUUCCGGAAAGAGACACCAAACAAAGGUAAACAAAAGAAAAAAAUUUGUACUGGUACGGUAUUGUUUUCUUCGCGCUAGGCCUCUCGUUGGCUGUUAGUUUCUCGACCGGAUAACCAUAGCUCUCCCUAUUUAUGAUACACGCUUCUACGGAGGUAAAGAAUCCGGUGCCCUUUAGACAGCCUUCGCGUCAUAUUUUUACUUCAUUUCAUAUUUUUCACUUCAAACUAUUGUCGCGAGUUCGGUCACACACUUCCUCUAUCGAUUGUCGAGCUCUCAGACCACCUUCACCCCGCCAACUCGGGGAAUGCUCUCGUUGGGGCUUGCUGUCAGAGAGACCUUGUAGAAAUACUAUUUCCACUUCCUGUUCUCCCUCCGAGACCCGUCAGAGAGACCUGCCUCCUAGUUGUUGGUAGUUCUAGAACCUAUCAUAUCAUAUCAUACAUUUCUCUUGUACAGUCGCACCUCGUCCUCGCCAUGGCCAAAGCAUCACCUCCUCGACACCGUCCGACGGACCUUCACAUUCAACCUCAGUGUUUUAAUGUCCAGUCUAAUAAUAUACUCCAAGCUCAGCUUACCGCCAGUCCUUCCUCUAGCGAACCGCUGUCCUACCGACACUCAAUAAAUUCAGUGCCAUCGUUGUUUUCUUCUCCUACCACUCCUUCUCCCACUCUAAACAACGAUUUUCAAGCAGGAAUGGCUUUCUGGUCCCUGAAGACAUGGCCUACCGGCAGAUCAAAGCAUAUCUCCUCCUCGUCGGAUCUCGCCCAUUCCAAUUUAUCUCCUACCAUAACCACCCCCUCUACUGCACCCUCGAGUAUUCAUACUACCGAUCCUCCCAAAACACCAACUCAACCACGCUCAAAAACAAGCUUAAUCAGAAGAGUUUCGAAUAAACUACGGAGGAGGGCAUCAUCCUCCACCCCAAAAGAUUCAGAGGAGCGAAGUGGGCCAGUUCUUGCGCGGCUUCGAAGUGACAGCUUCAAUGGCGGAGAAACCGGGCGUCUCGGCAUACAAAAGAAGGACGAGCCUUUCGAGGACGAAGAUCACGAACAAGCUAUUGAGGGAGAAGAAGACGGAGCGAGAACGAGUACUAGUGUGGAAGCUUCCCACCCAGAUGAGUCAAUCGGGGCCAUUGGGGUCAUGAUACCCGAUGUAUUGAAGGAUGGAACGGCAAUGACUAGGGUUACGAGAAAGAAGAAGACCCAACGAAUUUUUUCCCUAGAUCCCACCGCCACCCGAGUAACCUGGGAUGCUACGAAGCAAUCUUCCAGAUUUUAUAUCGACGAUAUUAAGGAGAUUAGGCUGGGAGCGGAUGCACGAAACUAUCGAGAGGAAUUCCAGGUUUCAUCGGAGGUGGAGGACAGAUGGGCCACUAUAAUAUAUGCGGAGCCGGAGACUGGGAAGCUCAAAACACUUCACGUCAUUGCGCCUACCAUUGAAACACUGGAACUCUGGACAGCUACGUUGGAUAUAGUAAUGCAGUACAGGACCGAAAUGAUGGCCGGUUUAUCAAUGCCCGGUGAGAACUUUGUUGACGCUCAUUGGAGAAACUAUAUGGGGUCCCGGGGUCCCGCAAAAGCUCCCGAUUCAAACGACGAGAAGCUAGGGUUUGAAGAUGUGGAACGGCUGUGCCGAAGGCUACAUGUCAACUGCUCAAGACAGUUUUUGAAAGACAGGUUUAAGCAAUCCGACAAGGACAAAUCCGGUUUUCUGAAUUUUGUUGAAUUUCGUGAAUUUGUUCGGUUACUAAAGCAAAGGGAUGAAAUUGUCGAUAUUUGGAGAGAUGCUGUUACGGACAGAAAGGCUGGGAUGUCUGUUGACGAAUUUCGAACCUUCCUCAAAGAAGAGCAGAAGGUAGACAUCGAUUCUGAGCCAAUGUAUAUUGACAAAAUCUUUCGAAAGUUCACCCGGCCGCCUUCUUCUCAACAGCAGGCCACACGGAGGGAAAGGUCAACCGUCCGGAUGUCAAUGGACGCAUUCUCUGAUUUUCUUCUCUCUUCAUCCUAUAAUCCCCCACUGCUCUCCGCGCCACUGGGUAACAACUUCGAUCGACCACUGAAUGAAUACUAUAUAUCUAGUUCACACAACACUUAUCUCUUAGGUAGGCAGGUCGCCGGCGAGUCAUCGAUCGAAGCUUAUAUACGCGUCCUCAAACGUGGCUGCCGAUGUGUUGAGAUCGACUGCUGGGAUGGCGAUGAUGGUAGACCAAUCGUUACCCAUGGUCACACCGGCACCUCCGAUAUUCUAUUUUUGGACGUUAUAACGGCCAUCAGAAAGUAUUCCUUCGUUACUUCAAACCUCCCCGUCAUACUCUCAUUAGAAGUCCACUGCGAUUUGGAACAACAGGUUGAGAUGGCGAAAAUUCUUCGUAGCGUCCUAGGUGACGCACUUGUUACAGAGCCUUUCAUGACAAACACGUUAAUUCUACCAAGCCCAAACGUCAAAGGCAGCUCUAGGCAAGACACCUUAAUGUCAAACAACGACUUCGGCUCAACGGAAAAACGGGCCGGGAGCACCAAUAAUCUCCCGAACUCUUCACCCCCGCUCCCUAAGAGCGGCAUACCGAGCGAGACCAGCAGCUCCACAACCCUUUUUUGCACUUCACAAAUUCGAGAAAUUCGCAAAGGAUCCGGAAAAGAAGGUUCAAUUAGAGAAGCACAAUGUUCGGUACCUCAUGCGAGUUUACCCAUCUGGAUUUCGAGUCAACUCCUCGAAUUUCGACCCAAUCGGAUUCUGGCGUCGAGGAGUCCAGAUGGCUUGCAGAUCAACGAGGCCAUGUUUGCUUCUGAAGAAGAUCGUGGUGGAUAUGUUCUGAAACCAAAAGAACUCCGGGGUUCCAGGACUUCUUUCGACCCACCUGCCGAUGCAAAUGCCGCAACACUAACAAAGAACAAGAAAGUUACAACCUUUUCUGUCGAAAUAAUUUCCGCGCAGCAAUUGCCAAAGCCUAAAGAUCACAAGGACAAAGGCAUUCAUCCAUUCGUGGUAGUAGAAGUUUUUUCCGCGGAUGACAAGGCGAAGGAUAAAUCGGUAGCCGAAGGCGGAAUCGGUGUUGAUUCAAGCGACGCCAAAGGUAUCAGCGGGCUCGGAGCUCCCCAAAAGAGGCGAACAAAGGUGGUGAAAGAUGACGGCUUUCACCCCUUGUUCAGAGAGAAAAUGGUUUUUAAAGUCACAACCAAAUUCGAAGAGUUGAUAUUUGUGAGGUUCUCAGUGUACAGUGCGGAUGACGGUGAUUCGAGUGAUCGAACACUCAUCGCUACCUACACUGCGAAGCUCCUCUCUCUUCAGCAAGGCUACCGACACCUACCGCUUUAUGAUCUCCAAGGGGAGCAGUUUCUUUUUUCAAUGAUAUUUGUCAAGAUCAAUGUCAGCUCGGUCUCGCUGGCCGACCGAGAGCCACUCAUGCGGGAAUCAGCAAUGGAAGCGUUCAAGUCUACAGCAAAGUCAGUCCUACAGAGAGGCUUCUCCGCUAAUGGGAGCUCGGUGAGACACUUGGAUAGCCAAAAGAUAGGUAAAACUGGUGGCCAGGAGCCAACAACACGGGUAUAGAUUUGAUUUACUGGGUUACUUGGUUCGGGUUUGGGUUUGGGUUUGGGUUUACAGGCGUUCAAAUACUCAUUGGUAGCACUGCUUUUACCACUAUUAAGCUACCUUAUAAUUUUUUAUUUUAUUUUCCCUUUCCUUUCUUCCCUUUUCUUUUCCAGCAUGGCAGGGUUUUUUCCCCUUUCAGGGAAGCAGAGACCCGGUGGAACAAAUUUUGAGUGGCCCUUCUCUAUAUCGUUGGUCUUUCCUGGCGACGAUGGUUAGUUUGGGUUUUCUAUUCCCCUCCAGAACAAAACAAGAAAGCAUCGUAACUUAGGAAUAAGUUAUGCAUACACCUCUGGCACGGGAAAAUCAUCCGAAGGCUUGUUCCUCUGACUGGAACAAUCUACCCAUGCAUCAGGAGAUUAACAUUGGAUUGGAACCUUGCCCCCCCCCCUUUUUUUCGAUGUGGACAUUGGCAUUCGCUUACUCCUUUUGGAUGUCUUUUUUCGGGUUUGUUACUCUCACGAAAGUACCGUAUCUAUGACGGCUCGUGGUCAUAGAUACUCGAGCUGAAUCCCG